AUGUCUCAUACUCAACCAUCACCCACCGCGGGCGUGGCUCCUCACCAUGCGGCAGCGCAUCUCGCAGCGCAUGCGCAGGCGCAGGCGCAGGCCAAUGGUCAUAUGUCAGCAAUUCCCGUGCAAGGUCAAAAGGGAGUCCCUACUCUCACCACCGCACAGAAGAUCGCCACACUCAAUGAACAAGUCUGGCUUCAAAUAGGAAGCUUGACCGAAUUGAUGGGCGACCUGGAAGGUGCGAUGAAUGCCUACGAGCAGGCCCUGCGUCACAAUCAGUGGUCUAUCUCAGCCAUGAAUGCCAUUUCAUGCAUCCUCCGGACAAAAGAACAAUUCCCAAAAGCGAUUGAGUACUUGCAAAAUAUUCUGAAGUUGGAUCCGAGCAAUGGAGAGACUUGGGGCAGCUUGGGCCACUGCCAUCUCAUGAUGGAUAAUCUGCAAGAGGCAUACACCUCUUACCAACAAGCCCUCUACCACUUGCGCGACCCUAAGGAACCCAAGCUGUGGUAUGGAAUCGGUAUCUUGUAUGAUCGCUAUGGUUCUCUGGAUCAUGCGGAAGAGGCUUUCUCGCAAGUGAUGCGCAUGGCACCCGAUUUUGAGAAGGCCAAUGAGAUCUACUUCCGCCUGGGAAUCAUAUACAAGCAGCAGCAGAAGUUUAACCAGAGUUUGGAGUGCUUCAAAUACAUUGUUAGCGAUCCCCCGCGCCCUCUGACCGAAGAAGACAUCUGGUUCCAGAUUGGCCAUGUUCACGAGCAACAGAAAGACUUCGAGUCUGCCCAAUCCGCCUACCAGCGCGUCCUUGAGAGAGAUCCAAACCACGCCAAAGUUCUUCAGCAGCUUGGAUGGCUCUACCACCAGCAGAGUAACGCCUUCCAAAGCCAGGAGAAGGCCAUCCAGUUUUUGGAGAAGUCUGUCAAUGCUGAUAACAAUGACGCUCAAAGCUGGUAUCUCCUCGGUCGUUGCUACAUGUCCAUGGCGAAAUAUCCCAAGGCAUAUGAAGCCUAUCAGCAAGCGGUCUAUCGCGAUGGUCGCAAUCCUACCUUCUGGUGCUCGAUUGGUGUUCUUUACUACCAGAUCAACCAAUAUCGCGACGCUCUCGAUGCCUACUCUCGUGCGAUCCGCUUGAACCCUUACAUUUCCGAGGUCUGGUAUGACCUGGGCACUCUGUACGAAUCAUGCAACAACCAGAUCGCCGAUGCCCUGGACGCCUACGGACGUGCCGCAGAUCUUGAUCCGAGCAAUGUUCACAUCAAGGCUCGUCUGCAGCUUCUUCAAAGUCAGUUGUCUGCUGGCACGGCUGGACAACAGCCGCCCACUGCCCCCGCGCCCCAGCCGCAGGAUGUUCAUCCUCAGGCUUAUCAGGCACCUGGCGUUGGUGCGCCUCCGGCUCCUCAGUGGGGUGCCCCAGCCCCCAUCGGUCCCCCUCCACAAGCUCCUGCUCCCCCGAGACAGAUCCCUGACUGGAACCGUGGUAUCAACGAGCUUCAGUCGCAGAGCCAAGCUCCCCCAUCCAACGGUCUUGACCAGCGCGAUGCUCGGAUCCCCGGUGCUCCUGCUCAGAGCCCUCGACAGGAGCCUGGUCGGGCGUUCCCGGAUCCCCGUGGCGCGCCUCGAUCGCCAAAGAUGGGUGAUCCCAACGCCUACCCGCCGCAUCACACCCUACCCCAGAUCGCAAAUGCUCCUGGUCCAAGCCAUGAACGCGCUCCUAGUGGCGGCAAUGCCUUCGGUGCCCCACGUGGUGCUCUGCCGACUGGUAUUCCCGUCGCUCCUCCUGGUCCCCCUGGACCUCCUGGGCCCAACGGUGGUGCUCCUCCCCCUCCUUACCAGAAUCGUCCUUUCAGUCCUGCUCCUGAAAUCCGCCCUAUUCGCGAUGAGCGCGGUAACUCCAUCGCCUCCGGUGCCCCGGCCCCUGCUUCGGCUGCUACUGCCGCUGAGGCUGCCGCCCGUGAUCGUGAGGAUCGCCCCACAUCUGCAAUGAAGCGUGGCCGCGAAUGGGAGGCUGAGGCUGGUCCAGUCAAGAAGCAUGCAAAUGAAGAGAGCCGCGCUCGUCUGGAUGACCAGACCAACCGCCGCCCGAGCCCACCUGCUCGUUUGCCUUCUCCUGGUGAGAUGCAACGACGAAGCUCCUCAGAGGCCCGCCGCGAGGACGCCCGUCGUGCCAACGAGAACUACCACCCCUCAGAGGCUGCUCACCACCCUCCUACUCUGCCUUCGAUCCAAGACAUGCCUCCCCGCCCUUCUGCUGGCCCCAGUCUUCCCCCGAUGGCGGAGGGCUCCGCACCUGCAUCCAACGCUCCCCCCUCUGGACCUCCUUCCGCCAACACCCCGGUCAAGGAAGAAGCUCCUCGCCCCGAAGCUCCCCCUGCCCACGAGCCCCCUGCACGCAAGAUGGAUGUCGAUGAAGACUACGACGACGAAGUUGAGGAAGAGAAGAAGGCUGUUGCUGCUUCCAAGGGCAGCCCCAACGGCAGCGCUGCUGGCAACCCCACUAAUGGUGCCGGAAAUGCCCGUGCCAGUACUCCAUCCAAGGCUGAGCCAACGGCAUGA